GCAUAUCGAUCACCACGACAACGAGACGCUCUCAAGCAUGAGGAGUCCGGGGAUAAAUUAUAAAUUAUCUCCUUUUUUCAAGACCAUAAUACAUACCUAGUAUUCCAUAGUAUAGUUCUGGUUUCAUAGAAGAAUAAAAAAAAACCCACAAAAAUGGAGCAUCACCUUACAAAGCAGAACACCCUUCCUGCAGAGCCCUUACCAGGAACAAAGAGCUUCCGUUCUGGUAGCGUGGGUAGCCUUGGUACAGAACUCACCGCUGGUACUAAGAGCUUGCACAUCUUGGAUGAUGCUGAACGAAAAGACAAGGAAGAGCAAGAACUGAAUGAGAAAGUGGAAGCACUCUUAUUGGACAAAGUCAAGAAGGGAGACCAAGUUGCUACCUUCCAGCUUGGUCAGUUUUACUUUGAACAGGAGAGAUACAAGGAGGCUAAGAAAUACUUCUAUGACAUCAGAGAGAAUGAUUUACAAGCACAGUACCAGCUGGGUAUUAUAUACUUUGAUGGACUGGGCACAGAUAAAGAUAUGAAAAGGGGUUUUGAGUAUAUGAAGGGUGUUGCAGACUCUGAUGCUAAAUGGGCCCAGCAUCUGAUCCCCUGUGCCCAGUACAACAUAGGACGUGCCUAUUUUGAAGGAUGCGGGAUGAAGCAGUCAGACAGGGAAGCAGAGAGGUAUUGGAUCUUAGCAGCGGAUGAUGGAAAUCCCAAAGCCAGCAUCAAAGCUCAAACAGCUCUCGGAAUGUUCUACUGCAGAGAUGAAACAAAAGAUCUGAAAAAGGCUUUCUUCUGGCAUUCAGAGGCAACAGGGAAUGGGAGCCUGGAAUCACAAGGUGCUCUUGGGAUUUUGUAUGCUACAGGCCAGGGUUGCAAGAAGGACGUAGACUCUGCGUUUGAAUGCUUAAAGGAAUCUGCUGAGCGAGGGAAUGUAUAUUCCAUGGGUCAUUUAGUAGCUCACUAUUACUCCACCAAACUCUAUACAAAGGCAGCAGAACUUGCUGCAAGAUUAUCACAGGUUGAUAACUUCCAGGAGAUAAGUAAAGCGACGGACUGUCUACCUGUGUUCCUAGCAAAGGGCGUGGCUAUGGGAUGCUUUUACUAUGCCAGGUGCCUCCAUCUUGGUCAUGGGGUCAAGAAAGAUAAAGAUCUGGCACAACACUACUACUCAAGAGCCUAUCAGUUUGAUGGUGGAACCACACAGAGAUUACAGAAUAUGGUUACGCAUGGACAGAUAUAAAGAUAAUUAGAUAGGGGAUGUCAUAUCUCAUAUGUAAAGCAUAUUCCAACUUUUCUGUUCCAUAUAAUCCACUUUUAAGCUUCUUUAGACAGUAAAAUAAGCAUUGAAAGUUAUUGGAUAUAUGUGUUUCAUUGUUUUAUUUUCUUUCUUUUCAAAGAUACUCUCACUUUCCAAGCAAAGACUUUUACAUUGUCAGUGCCUUAUACUCUACAUGUAGAUGUGAGAAUGGCAAACAAAAACAAAACAUAUGAACAAAUAUUAUAAAGAUUAAGUCAAUAAAUGAACAAAUUAGCAAUACCCAGUCCUAUGCACUUUCAUAUAAUAGAGCCUUAGGAACAAGUUUUUCAAAGAUGAAAUCAAAGAAGAAGUAAACUAAGCAAUAUAUGAACAUCUAUAUUCAAAGUGCCUAUUUAGCAAUGGUGUUAUUUACAGUUUUAAUGUAAAAUAUGGAAUGAUAUUAUAUCACAGCUUUGCUACACAAGUCUGAGAUAACACUUGGUAUUAUAUACAUUUGAUGUAAACUUGUCUUUUUACUAUUCAACAGCAAUAUCUGUUAUAUUAUGUAGUCUAUGUGGAUUCGCAAUCAGAGAUUGCAUUCAUCAUCUGGCUCUCUGAUUAACCCGAAAUUCUUGCUGCAGCUCUGAUCCAUUUACGUCAUAAUAGACAAUUUUUGGAAAAUACAUCAAGCGCGUUCUUCAUGCAAUCGACGCGUUAACACUAGCGCGUACAUUAAAUGAAUUACCUGAUUGCGCAACUUGUAAGCAGCGAGUGACGUCACUUUAGUGAAUAUACCGCCGCAAUUGACAAUACAACGCAGUUAUAUUCACUGAGGUGACGCCAAAACCUAGAAUAUAACAAAUGCGAUCCUUGCAGCUAUGGUCAUGUGAUGGUGUAUUGACCUAUCACUGAUUCAAAUGUACAUAACCUAUGUAAUAUAGAAUGAUCUUAUAUAUCAGCUAACAGCUUUGCUACACUAGUCUGAGAUAACACUUGGUAUUAUAUACAUUUGAUUCAAUACUGACAUUACAUGUACGGCAAUGCACAUCCAAAAUUGAAGAGCUUCUUUCCAAAGGGGUUCUAUUUUUCAUCAAAUUUCAGUUGUUUGCCUAACUAGCAGCUUGGGGAGAUAACAGCAAGGAAAUUUGAAAUUCCCAUGAAAAACUAUUUAGAAAUCGCCUAGAAAAUGUACUUUAUUUUCAAAAUUCCCUGCCCUUUGCAUUUAAAAUGCCUUUACAACCUAAAUACAAGCAAUUUAAGUUUCUUAUUUGUUGAUGAACGGGUAUUCAUAAACUGCAUUUAGUUUUGUGCCAUUCAAGCAUCUAGAUAUGUAUCAAAGUUUAUCUUAAUUGUUCAGAGAUUUUUUUUUUUGAGGGUGGGUAAUAUUUUCCCAACCUCCAAAGCUCCACCUUGAUAAAAAAAGAUACUCCUGGGAAAAAUUUCAUGAGAAGUUUUGGUCAGUGACGUUCACCAGCUAAUUUGCACUCAGCCAAUCAGAUGCAGUGAUUUGCAGUAGCUUAUAACAAUGAUAAAUAAGUGACACUUCUGGACUAUUUGGGCCUUUUCAGACGUGAAUCUUGAAUCUUCAUUGUAAUUAUGAUUGCAAUCGUCUUUAGAAUCAUCAGACCUUUCACAAGGAACAUUUGUACCGUAAUUUGAGUGAAACUUAACUGAAAUUCACCUGUGGAGUAGAAUUUGAAUUUGUGAUUCUAGUUUGGUUUCACACGUGCUAAAUUUGUCAUUAGCCUUAUUUUUCACAGGAAUCAUCAUUCAAAUAACAAUUUUUUUUUCCGUGUGAAAGGGCGGUUUGUUUCAUGAAAUGCCUUUCAGAUCUCAUUUCUGCCUGGCAGACUCGGCAUGCCUGACAUAUCAACUCAUUUGUUGGCAUUACAUGGUGUGUUUGUGAUCUCAGGGGAAAAAGCUACACUGAUGCUACCGUCUCUCAUUAUCUCCUUAGUGAUUGACAUUCAUUUUUAUGUGGAUGCAUGGUUUGAGUUUUCCUUUAAGAAAGUACCCUUUUUUCCAAAUCAUUUGAAUAAUGAAAUAUAUUUAGAUAUUUUAUUAAUAAAAUGUAAGUUAUCUGCAUCUGUUUCAUAUCAAGAAUCAACUUGCGUUUUGUUGAAUGGAACCUUUGAAAAAAGAAUCUUAUGAACUUCCCUAUUCAUAAAAACAACUUGGACUGUGUUCUUAUUUUACUCUUGAUUGUCUUGUGUUUGUGCAAAAAUUUGAAUUUCUGAAUUAUAAUAGCUAUUGAAUAUCAUAUGUUAUAAAUAUAUUCAAUAUGAAUACAUGUGAAUUUAUCAUGUUAUGAAAUAUUUCAGUAUGAUAGUGUAAAAACAAGCAAUAAUCUUGACGGUAUUUAUUUGAAGUUGAUGUAUAUGAAAGAGAAUUAAAGGGUAUUAUCUAUUUCUUCGCAAAUGUGAUUAAUGAACAGCACACAAUAUGUAACUUCCUCCUUUUUCAAAUAUAUCUUUUUACAGGAACUGUUUUAGCAGAACAUUAGGCUGUGGUGUUGCUACAUUUACCAGUUAACUUGAUUUUGAAAAUGAUAUUGAUCCAUCAUAUAGUGCACGGGUGAGUGCAUAUUAAAGGAGAAUGAAACUCUUGGAGCAAGUUAGCUUUUGUGAAAGCAGAAAAAUCAAAGAAUAAGAUCAACAAAAGUUUGAGUAAAAUAGGACUAGCAAUAGAAGAGUUAUGAGCAUUUGAAUGUCGAGAUCACUUAUGCUAUGGAGAUCCUCCCAUUGGCAAUGCGACCAAGAUCUAUGAUGUCACAGAUGAACAACUCUCCCUUUUGGACACUGAAAAUAUACCCCAAAACAUAUCUUUUUGCUCAUUCUAAUCAUAUGACAAACGAUUCAUCAAUGAUAUAAUGUUGUGAAACCUCUGUACUUGUCCUCUCACAAAGAGAACACCUCACCUUGUGAUAGACUCUAUAAAAGUGAGAAUAUUAGUGAAAUAAUUACUAAAGUAAUGAGGGAGUUGUACGUGUGUGACAUCACAGAUAUUGGUCGCAUUGCCAAUGGGAGGAACAACAUGGCAUUAGUGAUCUCAAUAUUCAAAUGCUCAUAAAUUUCUUAUUAUUCAUUCAAUCUUCCUCAAACUUUCAACAAUAUGUUUCUUUGAUUUUUCUCUUUGAUAUGGAUUCAGCUGGUUUUAAGGGUUUCAUUCUCCUUUAAACCAAAAAUGUCACUUUCCAAAAGUUUUAUGAUGGAUAUUGAGCCAGAGUUUUUGAGCUAUCCUAUAAAUAACCCCUUUCCAUCUUCCCUGACAUAUUUUCAUUUUCAUUUUUGACAUUUCAGUGAGCUCAAUUAAACGUUUUUCAUCUUUUAAAAAAAUUGUCAAUUUGAUAAAAUUAAUUGAUGUUUGGAGGCGAAAUCUAAAAAUGUAAAUUUUGUAAAUGACCUAGUUGUUUUCAUAAUUUCAAAACUGUGGAAACAUGAGACUGUUUAAAGAUAAACUAAUUUUCUGAAUGAAGAAAACAUUAUCUGUCAGUUUAGAAUAAGAAAUGAACCAUAUAACAUUUUGAAAAGUGGCAAUUUGAUUUCAAUGCAUGCUCACUCAUGCUAGACUCAAAUGAUCAAUGGGAUUUUCAAUUAGUCAAUAUUUGUAGAAGACUCCUGUAAAAUUGUUUUGCUCAAACCUGUAACGUAAAGUGGUUAUGAUACUUUUAUAAAAGGAAGAGUUAAUUUUUAUGUGUGUGUAUGUCUUAUGAGAACAAAAUUAUUGAAUAUGGAGGUAGACUUUAACAGAGUAAAAAUUUUAUGAAGUACCCAGUCCUAACACAACUAAUUGUACUUCAAACAUGCUUUGACUUGGAAAGAAUGGUAGAACAAAAUGUUGAAAAUAUAUUUUUUUGUAGCAUUGUAUAAAUUAAUCUGUACAUUAAAAGAUUCUGAUAACUUAUUGAAAAAUGA